AUGUCUGAGCCCAGCAAAAAACUCACUGCCAAAGAUGGGGUCUCAGGACACCCAGAGAAGCUGAGCUCUGAAGAAAUGACCACACCCACCCUCAGACAGCCUAUUUAUCUCGGAGGAAUCUCCUCCAUUGAGGAGUUGGACUUGAAGGUUCUACAAUUCAAAAACCAGAAACUAGCAGAGUGCUUGGAGCAUCGAAAAACUUCUGAAGAUGAACUGCGAGAACGAAUUGAGAAACUGGAGAAGCGACAGGCUGCAGAUGACGCCAUGCUCCUCACUGUUAAUCGCUACUGGGCCCAGCUAGAUGAAACUGUGGAAACCCUUCUCCGAUGCUACGAAAACCAGGAGGUGCCGGGGAAGCAGGAGGGGCCGACACCUCCACUCACAGAGCCAGGGACCUCAGAACUGAGGGCUCCCCUACCAGUGCAGCUGCGUCCCCGAAUCAGUGAGUCAGCAUUGGCUUUCGUGGUGGCCUUGGGCACCAGCAGUAAAGAAGAGGUAGAGCUGCAGCAGCAAGGCCGUGUGGAAUUCUCCAAGGCAGCCGUCUCCCUUCUUGUAAAGAUCUCAGACUUCUUGCAGCUCCAGGUUGGGGAACUUUGUGCGCGAGUAUACAGCAAAGAAGACAAAGAGUUUCUUGGUGAGAGGUCUCAGACACGCACUAGUGAUCUUGGCAGUGAGAACCAACGACUGCAAGACUUGGUCACCCAGCUACACGAGAAGUACCACCGCAUCUCGUUGGAAUACUUCGAGCUCCAGGACAAGGUGACGUCAUCCGAAACAAAGGUACGAGAGUUGGAGACCACUGUAGAGGACCUGCAGUGGGACACCAAGAAGCUACACAAACGCGAGCAGAAGCUCAAUAAGAAACUGGCAGAGGCCUUGAAUCAGCUCGACCCUCGCUACAAUGUGUCUGGGACCUCCUCAGGCUUCAACUUCCUGAAGUUUGAGACGCUGAAGGCAGAGUUGAAAGAAAACCAGGAAUUGGCCACCAACUGCCUGGCAGAGCUGGAGAAAUUGCAAGCCGAAUUCCAUGGGGCUGUGGUGACUAAAGAGCGCCUCAACGUGGCCCUGCUGACCCUUCCCAUGGAGAUGGUUCGGGAGACAGACGAGUACCAAAUGCUGCAAGCCCAGUUCUCAUUUCUCUACAAUGAAUAUCUGCAAGUGAAGACCCAGCUGGAUGAGAGCCGGGAGCUGCUGCUGUCCACCAAUAAUUCCCACCAGCUGUACAUCCAGCACAUGGAGAAUAAUGAGGUUGGAGUGCAGAUAAACCUGCGCACAGAGGUUUUCCACUUGGAGGAUACAGUGGCUCGGGUUCGCAAGGAGUAUGAGACGCUGCGCUUGGAGUUUGAACAGAACCAAGCAGCCAAUGAACAGGCAGAGCCCAUCAACCGGGAGAUGCGUCAACUGACCAUUAGCCUCCAAAUCCAUAACAAUCAGCUGAAGAAAGAUGUCCAUCGCUACAAGCGGAAGCUGAGAGACAUACAGGCUGAGAUCAACAAACACCAGGCCCGGGCCAGUGGCUCUGCCCAUUCCAUCUCUGGUGUGAUCCCCACAGGCGAUUCUAGCCUCAGUACCUCAGCCCCAGGAAAAGAAGAGGGUGGGCCUGGCCCAGUAGGUGCCACAGAUAACAGGAAGAAAUUGGAGGCCAUGCCUGCCACUGCCACUGCUACAUCAUCUGUGAAGAAGGAAGAGCUGCCCCCUGCUGAGAAAGACCUCCAGCCUGUCACCCCUGUGCCCCAGGGCCUGUCCUCCCAGCCUCAAAAAACUCAGGCGGGACCCAGCCGGGACUUUAGGGGGCAGGAAAGGCCCAGCCUGGGAGUCCAGCCGAAAGCACGAGCCCACUCACGAGCUGAACGGGAGAAGGCCAAGGUGAAGGAGACCAAGAGGAAGACAUCAGAACACCUCAAAGGCCUCCGUGCAGAGCUCAAGAAAGCCCACGAAAGUCAAAAAGAGAUGAAACUGUUGCUGGACAUGUACAAAUUGGCUCCCAAGGAGCAGCGGGAUAAUCAGCAGCUCAUGGAAGAUGAACGCAAGGUCAAGGCUGAGGUGGAUCAACUGCAGGGCCAUGUCCAGGAGAUGGAGGAGAAGUAUCGCAGGGAGAGUAAGAAGCGCGCAUAUGAACGAGCCCUGCGGUCCAACUGGCAGGCACAGCAGAUCAAAUACCUGCGGAGGAAGCUGGGGGCCACCAAGCGUGAGGAAGAUGCUUUGGCCUCGGAGAUGGAAGUGACAGGCCAGGCCUUUGAGGAAUUGCAGGAGCAGAAUCAGCGGCUCAAGCAGCAGUUGCAGGAGAAGGAUGAAGCCAACUUUAAGCUGCUGUCAGAGAGGGGCGAGACCAACGACAUCUACAAGCUGCUGUGUGAAGAGAAAAGUGAGCUGGAAGAGCAGGUUUUGAGCCUCCAGUCCCAAGUGAAUGCCCAGCUGUUGACUGUGCAGACAAUGGAGCAUAAUGAGUGGAUCUUGCAGGGCUGCCUUGGUAGUGUGGAGAGGGAAUUGAUGCUGUGCAACCAGGCUCUGGAGCAAACGAAGACGAAGGCUUUGGAAACCAUGAUGCUGGUCGAGAACCUGAAGGCGCAUCUGGAGCAAGUGCAGACACAGCUGCAACAGAUUCAACCCUGCCUGGAAGAGAGCAGAGUGUCCCGGGAGAAGGAGAGCUUCAACCUCAAGAGAGCACAGGAGGAUAUCUCACGACUGGAGCACAAGCUGGAGAAGAAGAGGAAGGUCUAUGCAGAGGCUGACGAAAUCCACCAGGAAGAGAUCAAGGAGUACAAGACAUGGCUGACCUGCCCCUGCUGUAACACCCGCAAGAAGGAUGCAGUCCUCACCAAGUGCUUCCACGUUUUCUGCUUCAAGUGUGUUUGGGAUCGCUAUGAGGCCCGCCAGAGGAAGUGCCCCAAAUGCAACACAGCGUUUGGCGCCCACGACUUCCACCGUAUCUACAUCAGCUAA